AUGUCAGGGGACAACAGGAAGAGACCUGUGGUCUCCUCCAACUCUGGGAACUUGGUUUACUGGUCCUCCUCGUUUACGCGGCAACCAGCCAGGAUCCUGAUUGUGGAGGCGCUGCCCCCCUGGUGGUCAGAGACCUGCAUGGUGCUCUGUGAUGCUCUAGAGAACUUCCUGUCCCUGGCCUGCAGUCUGGACGGACCAUGUAGGAUACCGCUGCUCAGCCUGUACGCCAUCAGCAGGCAGCAGGAAUGUCUUCUGCCGUUUGUGCAGGUCCGUGGUAACCUGGCCAGGCUGCGUUCCUGUGUGGAGGAGCUGAGGUCUAUUCCAGGAGAAGGAUGCGUCAGAGGAGCAGCCCGAGGAGGAGAGCAGCUGCGUCAGGCGGUGCUGGACAGUCUGCAGCAGUUCAAGCAGUACAUCAGACACACCAGCACUGGCAGCCAGGCCAGCAGCAACGUAUCUGUUGAGGUGACUGUUGUGACCAGCCAGCCAGGACGGGGUGUCGUUCGUCUGCUGGAGAAGGGGCUUAAAGACGCCGACCUGGUGUCACUGAAGCGGCUCCUGGUGGUUCAGAUCUAUAGUGCGGCAGACUGGGGCCAGGACCACCCCUCACCUGAAGACACACACACUGAGACUGAAGACUCCCUGAUGUUGGGGACGGAGGUGGACCUGCAGCGGGUGGAAAACAGCGUGUUCGCCAUGGAGACGGUGUUGAAGGCGUGGCUUCAGGAGCAGGGUGGAGACAAAGAGCACCUCCACCUCCUGCUGCCCAGCCCCCUGGAUAACCCCAUUCCAGUGUGUGUAAAGUGUGACAUGCAGGAGCGUCUGAUAAGUCCCGCUCUCAUCCCCCUGAGCCCCAACCUGGGGGUGAAAACAGAGAGCGCCAGGGACUUCCUGCCUGUCACUAAGGGACCAGCCAAUCAUAGCCAACUGCCACGAAGCCUGAAAGUAAUCAAGACUCUGCGUGCAGACGGAGUGUGUGAGAGUGUGCUGUACGGCCUGCCGCUGGUGAUCCGCCCCACCACCUGCUGGCAGCUGGACUGGGAUGAAAUGGAGAGCAACCACAACCUGUUCCAUGCUCUCUGCCACACACUCAGGAGUCGUGAGUUGUUCCUGCUGCUGCAGGUGGAGCCCGCUCAUAGGUCUGCAGCUGGAGGCUCAGGUGUGUGCUCCCACUACGUCCUGCAGCCCUCCCCCUCCCUCUCCCUCCUCCUGAAGCCGGUGGUCUCCAGAGAGCUGCUGCUGCCCUGCUCCCUGCCCGUCUCCCCCCAGGAGCCUGCAGCCGAUGCGCUGCACACCGUACAGGGAUGUCUCUCUCAGCUGGACGAGGAGUGUGUGUUCAACCCUCUGUCUCUGAGCAGCAACCUGUACCAGCACCUGAGGAGCAGAGGCGCGCUCCCACAGCCUCGAUACCCAUACAGGCUGCAGCAGUCUCAGCCAGCAGAGGGGGCUAAAGCCAGAGGACAGCAGCGGCAGCCACAAAACCCGGGGCGCCACCUAGGAAUGAGCAACAAGGUCAGAGCCACUGUGGCCCCCCUGCCCUCUGCCUCCUCCCACACCUCCUCCUCCUCCUCUUCCCUGGGACCUCCUCCUGCGAAGGCCUCUCGCCGGGCCCUGACUCUCCUCAGCAGCAGCAGCAGCGGUAACCACGAGCCCCGGGCCCCGGCCCCCUCUCAACAGGAAGAAGACAAUGACGAUGAGUCCAUGGUUAUACAGUAA